AUGACGACGUCCAGCCCUUGCCCCAUGGCUUACUAUCUUGUCACCCUUUGCUGCGUCUUCACAACUCUGGGCUCCUUUCUCUUCGGUUAUGAUUCCGGCGUGAUUUCGUCCACCCUUGAUCAAGAAGAUUUCCAGAAUCGCUUUAAUCACCCCUCUGAUGCCGCAACGGGUGGGGGUGCGAUUCUAGGUUCCGCUCUGGUCUCAUACAUCUCCGAUCCUUAUGGACGGCGUCCUGUCAUCUUCAUUGGAGGCCUUCUCGGAAGCUUGGGUGCAGCGUUGCAAGCCGGUGCCGUAACUGUCGCCAUGCUCAUUGCAGGCCGAUUGAUUGCAGGUUUGGCUGUAGGCUUGAUGUCGUCAGCAAUUCCAGUUUACUGUAGUGAGGUAUCUCCUCCCCGGAUACGCGGCUUUCUGGGCUCCAUGCAACAAUGGAUGAUCGGGUUGGGGUUUGUUGUCGCUCAAUGGACUGGAUAUGGUUGUUCCCUUCACACCGGCGCCAUAACCUGGCGGCUCCCCUUGGCCAUCCAGGCCGUUCCCGCCGUGAUCCUCUGUUUUGGUGUUUGGCUCCUUCCCGAGUCUCCACGCUGGCUGAUUGAGAAAGGCCGCGCUGAAGCGGGCCGAGAAAUCCUGGCUCGUUUACAUUCAAACCGGGACAGGUCUAAUAUCCACAUGGUUGAAGCCGAGAUCGCCCAGAUCAACGACAGCAUCGCCGAGGAACGACGUUCCGCCGUACACUCCUGGCGCGAACUACUAAGCAAGGCUCGCUGGCGCCAUCGCCUGUUACUUGCGUGCGGCAUUCAAGCGUUUACCCAAUGCUCAGGUACCAACAUCAUCUCGAACUACAAUCCAGGCCUAUACAGGACGCUAGGCCUGAAGGGCACAACACCUCUCAUGCUACAGGGAAUAUGGGGUGCACUGGCCCAGUUCUGGAAUACGGUGUUCAUGCUUUUCAUUGACCGUGUGGGUCGUCGUAAGCUUCUCAUCCCUUCCCUGCUCGGCAUGGGUGCCACCAUGUGCAUAGAAGCGGCCUUAGCCCAGGCCAACGGCGGCUUUCGCGACCCUUCUGCCAACCCGGAUGCUGUCCGUGCUGCGAUCGCCAUGUUCUUUGUCUUCUCAAUCUUCUUUACCAGCCUUGGGCUCAUCUCCUGGAUCUAUCCAUCUGAGAUCUUCCCGACAGCGAUCCGCGCCCGCGGCUCAUCGCUGGCAACAGCUACCAAUUGGAGUUUGAACCUUGUCUUUGCGCAAUGCACGCCAAUAGCGAGGUCAACCAUGGGCUUCAAUUACUUUUAUUGCUUCUUCGCUUUUAAUUGGGUGGCCGCUGCCAUUACUUGGGCCUUUUACCCCGAAACUGCUGGCAAGUCGCUUGAGGACGUCGAACAUAUCUUCUCAUCCAGCUCCCGUGAUGAUUUUCCGCAUCCUGUGCCGGACCUUAAGAACGAUGUUGUUGCUGUCGCGAACCCUGCAGACAGCGACUGGUCGAGGGAGAAUCUGGAGCUUAGCUGCCAUGCAAAAAUGUCAUAG